AUGCAAUUGAAACCGUCGAUCUAUUCUGUGCUGAAUCCGACAUUCGCGUUCGGAAUCUUUGCAGCAUGGCUGCUCGUGUCCACUCAAGCGGCUUCGCGAAACCCCUUCCUAACGCUGUCGGCCGACUCCCACGCCGAAUUCGGCAAUCUACGGUCGGUAGACGCCAAGCCGCCGGCCGUGCACGAUCAGCCGUUGAUCGGCAUCCUGUCGCAGCCAGGAGACGGCGAUGGGGGACGAGCGCCGCGAGUUAACUCCAAGGAAGACCUUAACGUGUCGUACAUCGCUGCUUCGUACGUCAAGUGGGUGGAGAGCGCGGGAGCAAGGCCAGUUCCCAUCCUCUAUGACGACCCUGAUUGGCUGAUGGAGAAGAAAUUCAGAGCCAUCAACGGGCUGAUACUCCCGGGCGGGGGGACGGAUCUGGUUCCUGGGCCCUUUUUCUCUGCUGUGGAAAAGCUGCUCAAGAUGGCCCUGGCAGCCAACGAUGCAGGAGACUACUUCCCCGUGCAGGGCACGUGCAUGGGCAUGGAAACACUCACAAUAUUCUUCAGCCAGGAUUUUGAUAUUCUCGAGACCAAGGCGUUCAAUGCAGAGGACAGCCCUGAAGCGCUAAAAUUCACCAGUGAAGAGGCCAAGAGGCGAGCCUACUUCAGCUGGAUGACUCCCGACCUGCUGGAUCGCAUUCAGAAAGAGAAGAUCACCAUGGAGAAUCACGAGGAUGGCACCACAGUGGGUCGCUUCCUCUCCAACAAGCGUCUCAAGGAGUUCUUCCACAUUCUAACAACCUCGGUCGAUAGAAACGGCACUGAAUACGUGACAACGAUAGAGGCGCGUGACUAUCCUAUCUAUGGCACGCAGUGGCAUCCAGAGAAAACAGCAUUUGAGUGGGGGCUUCCGCACAUUCCCCAUUCAGCACAUGCAGUGGCGGUCUGCCAAGCCACUGCUAACUUCUUUGUUAAUGAAGCCCGUCGCUCCACACAUCGGCCCGAGUCUGAUGAGGAAAUGGAUGAGAUGCUCAUUUACAACUAUGCUCCAAUAUUCUCUGGCAAGAAUGGAAGAGGGUUCUUUGAGCAGUCUUACCGUAUGUCUUCAGCAAGAACCAAGAAGUCGGUGCUCUCCAUAAAGUGA